CUUAUAUCACUUUUGGUUCAAGUCUUGGUCCUGGGCAUUGAUUGAUAAACCUGACCCCCCCCACCCCUUUUCUACUCUCUUGUUAUUGCGAGUGAUCGAGGGAUUUUUUUCCCUACAACCCAUUUUGCAUUCCUUGCCAUCUACCCCCUUCCUUUCCCUUUCCCCUCCUUCUUCUCCUCCACCCCUUGCAAGGGCCCUGUUCUUUCGUUAUCACCGCUCUGGCUUACAACCACUCUCGUUUUUCAUUAUUUUCUAAUUUUUUGAUAGGGGAUCCUUAUUUCAGUUUUUCAUUUUUGAAGGUUCCAACCUUUUGUUUUCUUUAAGGAGGAAACACGGCAGAUCAAUUUCUCGCCAAGGACCCCAGCAUCCGACGACAUGGUUAGACUUUUGGACACCGCUCUUGUGGCCGCCGCCGUGUUGGGAACUGCCUCAUUCGCUCAGAAGAUUGUCCCCGAUUGUGGCGUUGGACUGGGGAAUUGUCCCAGUAACAAGCCCUGUUGCUCGCGUAUGUCGCCUUUCCCCAUUUUGUCUCCCCGGUUUGCCGUUGAAAUCCUUUUUCAUAGCUUUGCUUCUGAAAGGAGUGUUCACGGGGUUUUUCUUUUGGGCUAACGUUUUCGCUUAUCACAGAAUACGGCGUUUGCGGUGUUGGGGCUUACUGCCUCGGCGGUUGCGAUCCUAAGCACUCCAACUCUCUCGAAUCUUGCGUUCCUGCUCCUAUCUGCAAGGACAUUGAUAGCACUUUCCCCAACCUCGACAGGAUCGUCGACAAGACGAAAUAUCUCGGUGAUUCUAGUAAGGCCGAUUGGGUCUCUGAUGGUGAGCCAUUGAUCAAGGAUGGUAACCUUCUUAUCACUAUGGCGCCAGGCACCGUCGGCACCGUAUUGGCGAGCGCAAAUUACGUAUGGUACGGGAAGAUCUCGGCGACAUUGAAGACUAGCUAUGGAAAGGGCGUUGUUUCUGCAUUCAUCUUGCUGAGCGACGUGAAGGAUGAGAUAGAUUAUGAGUGGGUGGGAGUUGACUUGCACACCACCCAGACCAAUUGGUACUUCCAGGGCAUUCCAAAUUGUAAGACUCGACACGGAUCCCUGUAUAUAUCUUUUAUAUAUAGGUUGCAUUUGAACCACCGGUUCCCGAUUAGCUAACGCGUCCCGCUUAAGACACCCACGGUGGCAACAUCACUUUGGAUAAGGACACUUAUAAGGAGUUUGUCACCUACGAGGUUGACUGGAAGCCCGAUUCCAUCACCUGGUCCGUCGACGGUCAGGUUGGUCGCGUGCUCAAGAAAUCCGACACCUGGAACGAGACGGCCAAGGGAUAUGACUACCCAUCGACACCCUCUCGCGUGCAGCUCUCUCUCUGGCCCGGUGGUCUCCCCACCAACGCCAAAGGAACCAUCGACUGGGCUGGUGGUGAGAUUGACUGGAAAGCAGCUGAUUCUAAGGAUGUUGGAUACUACUAUGUUACUUUCAAGGAGGUCAAGAUCGACUGCUACGACCCCCCAAGCGGUGCUAAGAGGCAGGGCUCCGGAUCCAAGUCUUAUAUCUAUGAUGAUCGCGCUGGUUUCGAGUCCAAUGUCGUUAUGACCGACAAGGGUACCGUCCUGAAGUCUUUCCUUGGAACUGGAACAAACAUGACUGUCGAACCCGCCAAGACCACCUCCAAAGGGUCCUCCGCAACGGGAAACUCUUCACCAUCAUCCUCCGACGUCGAGACCAUCCCUGGCCUUACCGGCGCGGGUACUGGUGUCAAUGGCCAGCGUGGUGAGGGCUCCGACUCAGGUUCUGGUGACUCCGGCUCCGGCGGUUCAUCGAGCGGCUCUGGGGGCUCUGGCAGCGGAGGUGGGAGCGGAUUCUCUCAGGGUGGCACCCAGUCUAGCAACCAGAGUGAGGCCACUGGACAGAAGGUCGUCAAGGGUAGCAUGCUCGCGGUAGUAGUGGCCGUCGUCGCGGUCAUCGUCUUGUAGGAAAGGAAACGAAAUGAAAUCGAAGAGAAUUUCCUUUUGCCCUGCUUUCCCUUUUUUGCGUUUUGAUUUUCUCGCCUCUACAUUACAAACCGACUUGCUAACUGAAAAAUGAACUACGUGACGGGUCUCCUUGGGUUUUUCUGUUUUUAACAUUGUCGGUGUGUCUUGGGGUGAAUGGGUGCUUUUUGCCUUGUGCUUGGUUGCUCUGGUGGUGUGUUGGGGAAACGGCGGGUCGUUGCGUUGGUGGUGCAUAUAUGUAUACACCAUAUCCUGUCCAGUAAAUUAGUUCCCUUAUUUUUGUCGGCUUUUUCCUCAUUCCCUCCCUCAACUUGAUCCCUGCAAAAAAAAUCACCUGACCAUAGUCGGCGGGAUGUCCUUCCUUUUUUAUAUAUCUAAACUUUCGAUGUCUAUUUUUUUACUUAUUUUUUUUAUUAGUAUGUAUAUGUCAGUCGGUGCGAUUGUAGGAGGGUGGUAAUGAGGGGGAUGAGAGUGGGGGGGGGGGUGAUGUGAAUUGUGAUUUGCAUUGCAGCUUUAGUGAAUUGAGAAGCGGUUCCUGUUGGAG